AGAGGUUGUGUCCUUUCAAUCGAGAAGACAACCAUGCUUCUUGUGCCAAUUAUUCUACUAUUUCUGGAGGUUACAACAACGCAUCAGAGAAGUAUUACUCAGAAUACUGACUGCUCAUUCCACUAUUCGAAUUAUUCAGUCAGUUGGAAUUACGAUGAACUGAGUAAUGAUAUUGUCUUCAAAUUGAAAUCUCAUUCUGAUUUUACGAAUUUCUACACAGCAAUAGCUUUUGGAAAGGAGAAGCCGGAAGAUGUAAUUGCUGUAUACGUGCGGUCACUUCAAAUUGGUAUAAUUGAUGGACAUCUUGUGGAUGAUGGAGCUAUCGAAUCCGAUGAAAAAACCAAUGUUCAAGCUUUACAGUUUGAUCUACAAAAUGGGGAUUUGACAGCUCAGUUCGCCCGCCCAGUUGAAACAUUUGACACUCAGGACUCAGAUCUUGGAAGCUGCAUUACAAUUUUCUUUCUUACCGAAUCCCGCGAAAUCAUCACCGGAGCCCCAUUGGAAUUAGGAAAUGAGAAAAACUUACAGAAAGUUCGAGUUUGUGAUUUGGCUGUCACUUGCGCCACAAAAAUGCACAAUGAUGUUCUUGUAAAAAGACAAGAGGAUGGAGAUGUUGCUCCAAUUUGCUCAACUGGAGGAGAGGAUCAGAAAAAUCGAAUUGAAUGGAAAGUCGAUGGAGAUUUGAUUUAUUUCUCCGUAUUCCAAAAUGCAAAGAAAGGACGUUGGUGGACAGCAAUUGGAGUUGGAGAAUCAAUGAAUGAUCUCAAUAUGAUUCUAUUAUUUGCUGAAAAUGGUCGUUUAAAAAAACAAGGAAUUUUCAAAACUGAAGGAAAAAUGCAACCAUUGGAAGUUGAAUAUGAAGGAAUUGAAGUGAAAAAAGAUUUGGCUAUUGUGAAUAAUGGGAAAGCGAAUUUCGAUGUUUCUGUCGAGAAGAAGUUCUUCCUGGAUCGAGCCGAUGAACAAGGCUGCUUCACUAUGCAAGUUGCAAUUCUCGCUGGUCAAUAUCAAGCAAACAAUUUCAAUGUUCAAAAACAUCAAAAUACUCCAGAACGUAUUCAAAUCUGUAAUGUAGACUCAUGUCAUGACCCAAUUGAGCCCCAACAGGAAAUUGAUGGAGAAACUCCGAAGAAAACUACCCAGCCUUUAGUCAAAGGCGAUGAGGACAUUAUUGAAGCGUCUGGAGUAACUGUGCCAACAAAAGAAGCUCUAAUUAAUGAUGUGGAAGGUUCUGGACUUCCUGUAACACCGAAAAUUGAGAAUGAAGAACCAAAGUCUACACCACAUACAGCAGAAGUUGCAGAUGAGCAUCCAUUGACUGGAGUUGAUGCUCCAAGUUCUGUUACGUCAUCAUCAUCUUCAUCAUCUUCUUUGUCAACUGCUGGCCCUCAAUUAGUGUCUUCUUCAACCCCAAUUCCUGUACCAAUGACCCCUGAAAAAAAUCAUGUCUUCGAAGUCGAUAAUCAAACAACCAAAACAGUGAGUGAAGAACCGAAAAAAGAAGAAACAGAAAAGAUCAAUGAUGCACCAGAAGUUACAACACCAAGAGCUGGAAGUCAUGGAGAUGGAAGUAAAAAUGGUUGUGGAGCAGAACAUGAAGACUUGAAAAUUUGUGAAUCCUACUUUGCCGAGUAUUUGGGAAAAGUUAACGAUUGGUCUGAAAAGCAUAAUAUGACAGUGACAAGUCAUAUGUGGAAGGCGUGCACUUUACUGUCCCAAGUUCAACAUGUGACAACAAUGUGCUGUACAAUUUUCCGAAACACGUGUGCCACGCAUCUCAGCCUAUAACUUUCAAAUACCAUAUCCUUUUCCCUGAAAACUCCAUUCCGCAGUGUCACAUUAUUUAUUAGAUGUCUUUUAUUUCCAAAAAGAGACGAGAUUUCGCUUGAUUGAAAAGUUUUAUUGAAAAAUUGAAAAUCCUGUAUCCCAAAAAUAAACACAUUUUAUUGAUC